CAAAACACCACUUAUUGUGUGUCUCGAGUAUAUAAACAGGUCCUAGUGAAAAAAAUAUACCAUAUAGAGUGAGUGAUAAAUUUGACAAAUAAAAGACUCGUGAUUGGCCUUGUCUUUUGCUUAUUUGAAUAUAUUUCCAAAGAUGUUUUAUGUGAGAGAUUUUUAAGCAUUUUCUAAGCCGAAUCAGAUUAAGAAUUUGCAAAAGUAGAAAAAAAGCGAAUUCUUAUCUUAUAAAACAUCAAUUUGCUCAUCUGAAUCUUUUGCCAUUCAAGCAUUGCUUCAUUGCUUACUAUAGGCUAUGAUAAGCAGUGAAAGCUGUUUCCUACUGACUGCAAAAAUCAUCUGAAAUUGCAAGUACUCAUUAAAAUCAUAUUAUUUUUAUGAAGGGUGUGAACGACUGGCUUUGUUUAUUGCCCGGAUAACUUAUAUCUUGUAGUAUUUUAUCUCUUUUCAAUUCUGACACUGAACAAAACACAGAUAUUGCCUUGGUACAAAGCAACAGCAAAAAGCUCAUCUUACAUUUACUUAUCACCUUAGUUACGUAUUUUCGUUCAUUCACUUGGUUCUUUUUACCGGCUUUGUCCAAAGAAGCCAAUGUUGCAAUCAUGAGGUGCUUUAUUUCUCAAUUUUCUCCGUGGAGGAAACUCAACUGGUUUCAGAGAAAUGCUACCACGUUUACACCGAAAAACUUAAAGUCUUUAACUCCUUAUGAAGUAAUGGAACUUCCACGAACAUGUACUCCCGCUGACAUCAAGCGAAAAUAUAUUGAAUUGGUUAAGGUACAUCACCCGGACAAGAGUAAGAGCGGUUCCGAAGCCACUGAUUUAAAAGCACACGAUGAGAAAAAUCAGCAAGAAUACUUUCGUCUCCUGGUGGCUGCAAAAUCGUUGCUAACGGACAAACAACGGCGCUAUGAGUAUGAUCGUUUUGGCUUCCAUUGGAAUCAGUCUUCUCCCUCUCAACCGUUUACUAAACCAUCUGCAAAUCCAAGGUACCCUAUGUAUUCUCGUGCCCGUCGCUCUUCUGGUAUGGGAACAUGGGAAGAAUAUUACUACAACUCCUUUGAUUUUGAAAAGAAUCAUAAGGAAAAGGGAGAUUCCAGAAAGAUUGACGACGAGGGUAUGAUGGUAUUUGCAGGUAUUCUUUCUUUUCUUGUAAUCUUUUCGGUAUACUCAAAUUACAGAAAUUCAAAGUACUACCAAAAAGCUCGUGUUGCUGCAAUUGAACAAUCGGAAAACGAUUUUGAUUACUACAGUACUGGAAUGUCUGAUUUAAGUAAGGAUGACCGUAUAUCACGAUUUUUGAUUCUUCGUGAUCAAAAUUUAAAGUCUGACCCUUCAUCCUCUUCUUCGACUUCAAGACUUCCUUUACAUCCUUCUUCACCGGCUACUUCUGUAUCCUCUUCUUCUGAGCGGUCAUUGCCUGCACCUGCUUCCCCUUCCUCUUAAUGCUUUCUUAUUUUUAUGUUUCGUUUACGUUCCCCUUUAUUUAACGUAGCCUAAAUAUUACCACUACGAAUUUUCUUUGCUUCUUUAUUUAAAAAAUCCUUCCUUUAUCCAUCAAGUAAACAAUAAACUGUACAGCUACUGUUUAAACAAAUUUAUUUAUGUUCCAUUAUAGUUCUUGACCUACCCAUUCAAGAAAACAAAAACUCUA